AUGUAAAUUUAUCUUUCUUUAGCAUUAUUCUUCAUUUAUUUCGUGGCAGAGAGUAAGUAUUACCUAAUACAUUUAGUUCAAGCUUAAACGAAACCUACAAAACCAAAAACUGUAGUUCCUGUGAUCAUUACAAGCGCAUCCUGCCGUCCAGCAUCUGCUGCCAUACCUUAAGGCUCAUUAGCUGGAGGAACAACUUUGUAUAUACAAGUAAAUUAUUUUUAAACUACUAUUAGGCUUCUGGAUUAAGUACUACUGUCUCAAAAAACGAAGUGUUUGUGGGAACAUACCCUUGCAUAGUACCAGAAAAUGGGGUUUCAGGGUUGUCAAUCAUUUGUGUUACUUCUCCAGCCAAGCCAGAUGACUAAAGUCUUGGGUCACUUCCAAUCGUAAUUAAAGUAAAAGGAUCUGCAGAUUCUACAUGCACUGCAGGUGUUUAUUGUUACUUUACCUAUUUGAAAUCCUUGACAAGCCAACUUAAUUUCGUAAGUCCAAGAGUUAACUACCCCAGUCAAUGGAGCUUUUUCAGAGGUAGAUUUUUAGUGAGCUCUUUGUCAAGUGCACAAUUAUAGAUUUAAUUUGAGAAUUAAAUUUGUGAUAGAAGCUAAUCUUCACAAUCAGAUAUUGAUGCCAAUGAUGACAUUAUUAAGUGCUAAGUACCCACAGAUGGUAUAGCAGGCAUCUACCCGAUCUACAUAACAACUGUAAAUGGUAAUUAAUAGAACAGUGUAUCAGUGUCAUAAUAAUAUACCACUACUACAGAAACUUACCAAUCAAUCAUACUUCCUGUUAUUACAGGUUUAAGUACAAAAAUGUUGUCAAAGAAGGGAGGAAUGUUAAGUAUUUAUGGUCUUGGUUUUGGAUAUGGUACUUGUUAAGUUAGAGUUUAUGUUGGAGGAUAACUCUAAUUAAAAAAUACUGUAGUUGUUGGAAAUGAUGGAUCCACCAUCACCGUUAAGUUUUUCAAUAUCACCAUUGAAGGUAAAGAAGCCUACGUUGAUGGAAGUGGUCUUAGAUAUAAAAGAUGGUGGGGAAACACUGUGUACUAGAAUGAUUUCAUUGGAGAACCAGAUGUUCAAAAUGUUUAUGGAACAUAUUAUAAUUAAUAAUUCAAAGGAUUCUUUAAAGCUCCAAAGACAGGAUAAUAUAGAUUCUAUGUAGCUUCUGAUGAUAAAGCCACUGUUGAAUUGAAUAGAAACCCUUCAUCAAUAGAUAAUACAAAAUUAGAAUUGAUUGCUGAGAAUUAUCUUUCAGGUUAUAGAAACUACUGGUAAAGUGAAUUUUCUAGCACCCCAGUUAAUUCUAUAUCAGAUUAUAUCAAUCUUGAAGAAGGUUAAUACUAUUAGAUCCAAAUUAAUCAUACAAAUGGUGCUGGUCCAGGAUAUCUUACAGUCUCAGUUGAAAUUGAAGACGAAACAUUCACUGAAUAUUCAGUUGGUGCCCUAUACAGUAUCUAAACUACAUAUGAUCCAAUUAAAGAGGAAGUAGAAUAUAAAGUGUUUAACUCAGUUGAGGAUACUAAAUUAUCAGGUUAAUAUCAAUUGGUUUUUGCAAGCUCAACUGCUAAUCCAGCUUUCUCUUAUACUACAGGUUGGCUUUCAACUCUUGCCACUGCUGAUUAAGUUGCAUAAGCUAUUAAUGCACUUGGUGUCUACAGUGUGACAGCAACUAGCACUAAAGUAGAUUCUGUUGGUGAAGAUUUGAUAGACUAAACAUCCACUACAUUUGCUGGUUUUAGAUAUGUGAUUACAUUCUAAAGAUACAGAACAGUUUAAGUCAAACCAACAUUUGUAUUUAAUAUCACAAGUAAUGCUAACAGUGCUAUUGGUAAAUCCUCAGCUAUUUUGGUAACUCCAUCAACUCCUAUUGAAGGUACAUUCCAGUUAAGCUAUUUUGAUUAUGAGAGUGUUGAAUAAUACUUGAAAUUUGGUACAUCAGUUGAUUUACCAUUUGAUUUAUCUGCUUCUGCUUUAGCUGAUGCUAUUUAGACUACAACUGGAUAUAGACCUUUAGUUUGGACUGAAGGAACACCAUUAGAUGGAUAUACAUGGAAGGUCUAAAUGAAAGGAGUUUAAGAAUUAACUAAUUUUAGGGUUGUUACCAAUAAUUUGAUAUCUGGAAAUGGAGAAGUCAAAGUAACCAUCACAACUCUUUCUUAAGCUAGUUCAAAUAUUCUUUAUGAACCAAUUCCAAAUGAGUUAUUGUUUACUUAUUCAAAAACACCAACUGUUUCCAUCACUUUAGAUGGCUUAUUAAGUGCUUGUGCUUAAGAAGGUGCUUGCAAUUUGGAUGCUCCUGUUGAUUUGAAAUUGACUAUGACUGAUUUUACUUAUGAUGAAGCUACAACACUUGCUCUCCAUAUAUCAACAGAGGGUAGUACUACUUUAGGAAAUAGUUUGGAUGAUACCUUAUCCACUAUCACUUUCGGUGAUUACGAUUGUUAUGACAUAGCAAUGGUUAAGACUGAUGACUAUGAAUAUGAUUUCACUUGUACUGUUGAUGGAACAGAAUUUGAGUAUGGAUAAUACUUCCCAGUAUUCCAUUAUGAAGAAUAUGGAAAUGCUGAUGUUGAUCCAAAUGUGCUUCCAUAUUAAGCUCCUUUGAUAAUAACACACAUCACUCCUACAAGUGGAUCAGAAGAUGGUGGCACUGUUGUUACUAUAUUUGGUAAAGGAUUCCCUAAAGAAAUUACAUCAGAAUUAACUGUUAAUCUUGGAGGAAUUUAGACUGUCAUCAAAUCAACCUCAAGUAACUAAGUGGUUAUAAAGACUCCAACAUAUGAUUAAUCAAUGCCUGAUUCAAUAAUUAUUUUGCAUUUUAAGGAUGGGCAAGCUCAAAACCCUGAUUUUACUUAUGAUCAUACAACUCAUAUUUCAAUCACAAGAGUAUAAGAGACAAUAUUAACUCCAAUUUACAAAGGAUUCAACACUAUUAUUGGUACUGGGUUUGGAUCGAUCAUUUCUGAUAUUACAGUUGAAUUAGUAAAUGCAGAGAAAACUUAUGAAUGUCCUGUUGUUAGUGUAAAGGAUGAUGAGAUUGUUGUUUAUUUAAGAGGAGGUCUACCAGGAGAAUACAGAUUCAUUGUGAAUAGAGCUGGAGUAGGAGAAGCAACAGCCGCUGGAGAUGCCAAUAAAUUUUAAUACAAUACAGUUAUAACUAGUAUUGAAAAUGCAUCAGGAAGUGAUGCAGGAGGUACUAGAAUCAAAAUUAAUGGAUUUAAUUUUGUUCCUUAAGAAACUAUUGUAUUUAUUGGUGAUGAAAUCAAUUGGAUAUGUGAUUUAGACGAAGAUGCUUCUAGUUCUACAGAAUUAUAUUGUGUGACUCCACCAAAACAUUAUAGAUACACAACUCCUCAAUAAGUUAUUGUGACAACAAGAAUUUUAUUUGAUUCUAUUUGCCAAGGAAAUUGUGAGUUCACUUAUGAUUCCACAUAGACCUUAGCCUGUGGUGCACCAUCUGAUUCCACUGCAAGCGAAGGUUCAAGACUAUUAUCUGAAGAUUAACUUGGAUUACCAGAUUAUUAAAAAUACAUUUUACAAAAGAGAGAACACCCUGAACCAAAAAGAAUUAAGCCUUCUUCUGGAAUUAGUCAUUACUAAAGUUAUGAAACUAGUUCAAGAAGAGACUUAUCAUUCUGGAAUGAUUACAUCUUUGAUAAGAUUAAAAAUUACACAGUUGAUUAAGUCGAAAACAUAUAAUGCAUUACAACUAGCUCAUAAACGGUAACCAUAGUAUUCAAUGAUAAAUACUCAGUAACAGGAUCCAUUUCAGAGACUGGAUAAUUGGUAUAUACAGUACCUGAUUUACCUUAAGGUGAAUACAAGACAAGAAUCCUUACAUCUACUGGAUAUGCAACAGGAAUGUGGAUAACUAAUGUUGAAUUGUAAAUUACAGCAAUUUCAACAACUACAAUUGUAUAAGGUGGAUAAGAUAUUGAAAUUGAAGGAAGUGGAUUUGGAGAUGAUAAUGAAAUUGAAGUAUACAUUGGAACAUGGAAGUGCUUAAGAUUGAAGAAGACUGGACAUAGAAAAUUAAAAUGCAGAACUCCAAGAAUCACAACAAAUGCUGGAUAUGGUGUUAAAAUACUCUAUCGUGAUAUUAGAAAGAAUUUAUAAGCAAAGUCAUCAUGCUAAUUUUCAACUAAUCUUACUGUUACUAAUAUUGGUUAACCUGCUAUAACAUAAAUUAAUAAUAAUGCUGGAAUUGUAUAUGUUUCUGGAAAAUCAGCUUAUACUUAUAAUGCAUCAACUGAAACCUUGACUUUCAAUAUUUUAGGUACUAAUUUGGGUGCUACAACAUUGAAUGUCCGUUUAGAAAAAGAUGGUCUUGAUGAUAUUGUAGGAACUAUUGUUUCUAAUAAUGCUACAUUAAUUCAAGUUUCCUUCGCUAAUGUUCCUUUAGGAUAAUUUGAUAUUGUUGUUUAAUGUGAUGAUAAAGUUGCAAUAUGGACAACCUGGUAAUAUUAGAAGAUUAUUUUCUAAAAUCCAGUUUUGAGUGGAUCGUUACCUAAGGCAUCAUGUAAAGGAGGAAAACAUUUAGAAAUUCAUGGUCAUGGUUUCCAUGAGAGUCAUAAUGUUAAAGUUUGUGGAAAGAAAUGUGAUUUGAUAAAUGUUAAUUAUCACAGUAUAUUAUGUAGAGUACCAGAUUUUAACCCAGCAUGGGCUAAAAAAGUAUAGAAGGGUUUGUAAUCCAAAAAUUACAAACUUGAUCAUGAAGAAUUCAGGGUGACUUCUGAUGUUACAGAUAAAAGUGUUGUAAAAAGAUUCUAUGAUGAAUCUGAAACUACUUAUCAUAUAUCUAAUUCAGCUACAAAUUGUUGGGUUUAAAUUGAUUUUGGAAAGAACAGAAAAAUGAAAUUAGAGCACCUUAGUUUCUUACCUAGAAUUGAUGUUGGUGCUUCUUAUCUGAAAGGAGCUAAAUUCUAAUAUUCUACUGAUGGUGUAACCUUUAAAGAUUGGUUCACUAUUGAUGAUGAUGUUCAUAAAGGAUGGAAUGUUGAAAGACCCACCAAAUGUGAAAAUUCAAAAUAAAAAAAUUCUCAUGGUGGUAGAGAUGAAGAUGAUGAACCUGAACAUCACAAUAAGAAUAUUGAUUUAGAUGGCAUCAGAGCUAUUAAAUUCAUAGAUCCAAGAGGAGCUAGUGGAUCCAGAUGCUAAAUUGCUGAUAUAGAUUUUAGAGGAUGGCUUGAGAAUGAUUCAGAUAAUGAGACUAGUAGUUCUUGUGAUACUGAAAUAUUUGUUGACGAUGACUCGAUGGGUGUUAUAAAUUCUAGUGUCACUUAUGAUACAUCUGCUACACCUGUUAUUAUUAAUGUCUUACCUAAAGAUAUUCCCCCUCAUACUUAAACUGUCAUUACCAUCACUGGUACAGGCUUCAUCUCAGGAUCAACCUCAGUAUUUAUUGAUGACAUUGAAUGCUAAAUUUAAUCUGUGACUGCUACUGAAAUUAAAUGUUUAAGUGGAUUGAAAGAUGUUACAACUGCUAGUGUGACUAACAAAUUCAAAGUUGUUGUAGAUGGAGAUGAGGCAGUUAAUAAUGCUUAAGUCAUCUAUGGAUAAAGAUGGUCAGAUAUUUAGACUUGGGGAGGAUACGUUUUCCCAUCUGAUGGAGAUUCUGUUAUGGUAUAUCAAGGUGCAACUUUGAUUGUCGAUGUACAUACUCCAAAAUUAGUGCAAGUUUUGGUUGAGGGUAAUUUAGUAUUUGCAGAUGAUGCUGAUACUUCUUUAGAUGCAUAAUAUCUUGUUAUUAAUAGAGGAACUUUCUAAAUUGGUACUUAAGCCGUUCCACAUUAACAUAAUGUUAAAAUUACAAUUAGAGGUGAGGAAAGAGGAAUAUAAUAUCCAAAUAUGGGUAAUAAAAUGAUUGGUUGCAAUCAAUGCAAAAUCGAUAUUCAUGGUAAAGAUAGAACACCAUCAUGGACUUUAUUAUCCUAAACAACCACUAAUGACGGUACUGUAACUGUAGAUGAACCAGUAAAUUGGUUGGUUGGAGAUGAAAUAAUCAUUACAUCCAGCAAUUAAGCCUAAAGCGAAGCUGAAGUUAGAAAAAUUGUUUCAAUUUCUAUUGAUAAAAGAACAUUGACUUUGAAUGAGACUCUGAAUUAUAUUCAUGAAACAGUCUCAGAACAUUUUGAUGGAGUUGAAUUCCCAAGAAAGGUGGAGGUAGGAUGUUUGACCAGAAGUAUAAGAAUCUAAGGUGAUUAAAUGAAUUAUCAUGGAGUUCAUAUUUACAUUUAAGGAACACAAAAUGAAGGCACUGAAGCAAGAAUUGAAAAUGUAGAAAUAGUAAAUGGUGGUCAAUAAAGAUAUUUAAAUAGAUUCCCAAUUAAUUUCAAUAAUAAUGGAGUAGUUUCAAACUCAUAUAUUAGAAGCAAUUCAAUUCACAAUUCAAAUGCUCGUUGCAUAGGAUUGUAAAGUGUAUCACAUUUGGAAGUUACAGAUAACAUUUGCUACAACAUUGUUGGCCAUGCUAUCUACAUUUAAAAUGGUAAUGAAAUGUACAACACUUUUGAACACAAUCUUGUAGCUGUCGUUAAAUCAUCUUGGUAAUUAUAUCAAUCAGAUGCAACAGCAGCAGCCUUUUGGAUUACAAAUCCUAAGAAUACAUUUUUCAAUAAUAGAGUAGGUGGAGCAGAAUGGUAUGGAUUCUAUUUAGCAUUUAAAUCAAACCCUUCUGGUGUUGCAUCUACAAGUGAUGUUUGUCCAACUGGUGUACCAUUGUUGAACUUUACUAAUAACGCCGCUCAUUCAACAGGAAGAAUUGGAUUAAGAAUUGGAACCUUGAUUCCAAAAGUUGCUCCAUGUGUUUCUCAUAGAAAUGAUGCAUUAGAUGAUCCAUUUAGUGCUAAUCCAAGUGUCUAAACUAAAUUAUCAGGAUUUAUAACAUGGGCAAAUGCUUAAGUUGGUGUUUUAGCAGAUAAUUUAGGAAAUGUUUUGAUUGAAAACGUAUUGAUUGCAAGUUCAAAGAUUGCUGGUUAUCAACAACAUAAAGCUAAUUUCUCAGCUGAAGGUACCACUAUUAGAAAUUUUGUUAUUGUUGGUUCACAAACUAAUACUGGUUUGAUUGUGCCUAGAACAAAUGGAUUUUUGGCUGACACAGUCAGAUUUGCAAACUUCCCAGGUACAUCAACCUUGAUUGAAUCAUGUUCAGCUUGCAAUAAUUAUUUGGUUUGGGUAACAGGAGGAAAGAAUACUCACUUUAAAGGAAUUAAGAUUAUAAAUUCUGCAAGUGCAAGAAUUAUUCAUUGGAACAAUUUCAGAAGAGAAAUCUUUUGGGAUUUAGAUGGUACUCUAACUAACAUACCAACUGGAGCUUAAAUUGUGGCAUAUAAAUUGCAUUUGGAUGGUUUGAAUGGAUGUACAUAUUAAAAUACUGUAUAAUGGGAUAAUUCUUUGAUUUGCGAUUCAUAAUAAACAAAAUUAAGAGAUGUUGUAUUCAAUUACCCUACUCCUUAUGAUUCUCAUGUCAAUCAAGCUUUAAGAAUUUAUAGAGUUCCCUCUUUGAAUGCUCCAUUACCGCUUGAAUUAACAAAAUAUUAAUAUGAAUAAUAUGUUGGAAUUUGGAGUGGAGAUAUUGCUUACAGUCAUGCAUCUCAAUUUGCUUUGGGAUAAACAUAUAAUAUAAAUUGGUACAACAAUUGGUUAAGUCUAUCGAUCAUGUCAUCUUAAUACAUGAGUUCUCAAGAACCUGGUCUUGUAUUCAGAUUCAACUAUACUGUUUAAAGAGAAACCUUUGAUGUUUAUAGGAACAGAAAUCACAAAUUCCUUUCAAAUUACAGUUAAGUUUCAGAAAUUCCAAAUCCAAAUACUUGUAACAAUGGUGACUGGUUCAAUGAUAGAACUACAUCAUUCUUUUAUAUUUGUAUCUCUGGCAAAUAAAGAAUACAACAAGAUUCAGUUGCACUAUAUGGAAUCUUCUGCAGGGAGACUUGUCCUGCAUAUACUGAUGACGUUCUUGUAAAAAUAUAAAAGAAAUGGUCAGACGUUUCAAUUUGGCCAAAUGGUAGAUUACCAAUAGCAGGAGAAAAUGUAACAAUAUCUUAUGAAUACAUUAUCAUUAUUGACAUAGAAUUGCCAGAAUUUGAUACAAUUUUAAUUCUAGGAGAAUUAUGGUUUGAUAAUGGAAGAGCAGUUACUACAAUAAAAGCAAGAAAGAUCUUUGUAAGAAAUGGUAAAUUAGUUGCAGGAAGUAUUACUCAAGUAUAUACUGGUAUAAUUAAUAUUAUCCUUACCGGUACUUCAAGUGAUUAUGAACUAUUAAUUGAUAAUAAUAUUGAGGCAGGAAACAAUGUUUUAGCUGUUACAGGUGGAUUAGAAUUAUAUGGUAAAGUACCAUCAAGUAAGGUUGCUAGAUUAACAGCAACUGCAUCAGCUGGAUCUAGUUCAAUUACUGUGACAGACACUACAGAUUGGUAAGUUGGAGAUUGGAUUGUUAUCUCACCCACAGGCGCCAAUCCAGACGAAGCUGAAAAAGUUUAAAUUUCUUAAAUUGUUGGAACUACAGUAAUCUUUAGCGUUUCCCUUAAAUACAAUCAUAAUGGAAUAUCAACUAGCACUCUUGUUGAUACCAGAGCAACAGUUUUACAUUUGACUAGAAAUAUUAGAAUUUCUGGUGCAACUUGGGGAGCUAGAGUCUUAGUUUAUUCAUUUACUGAAAGGACAAGAUUAAGAAGAGGAUAUGUAUAAUUAUAAGGUGUUGAAUUCAUUAAUGUUGGAUAAGUGAAUAAAGAAUUUGCAGGUUUAGAUUUCUAAAGUGCUGUUGGUGGUGAUCCAGCUCCGUCUAGUGAUAUUAUUGGAUGUUCAUUCCAUGAUAGUGAUGGUUACUUAUUCAAAGUAGAGGAUUCAGAAUAUGUUAAUGCCGUCCAUAAUGUAUUUUACAAUGGAUAAAAAGCCUUGGUUCAAUUCAUUAAUUCCAAAUAUAUUAAAUUCUAAUACAAUACUAUGGUAUUAGUAUAAAAGAGAGUAAUUUCAAUCAAUUCUGCUAUAACAGGCACCUAUAAUUGGGCUGUCUUAGCUUCCUUCAGAUACGCUUCAGGCACCAAGAUAACAAAGAAUUUUAUCCUUGUCUCAAAUAAUGUUGGUAUCGGCUCCACUGACACAGGAUUCCAUAUUAUGGCUUCUCACUGUGAUGAUGAAUCUUAAGCAGGAUUCUUUGCAAACUAAUGUUUUAACACAGUAUAGGCAUGUUUCCAUUUAACCUAAUCUAACACAAAAUGCAAUGUUGUUAAACAACUCUAAGCUUAUAACUCUGGUGUCGGCGUUAUGGCCUCUAUUUAUACUGAAACCUUUAAAUUGAAGGACUUCUAAAUCAUUGAAGCCGAUAGAGGAGUUGUCAUCAAACCAGGAUCUUCCAACAAUUAUGCCAAUGUCAUUUAAGUUUCUAAUGGUUAUAUUGGUGCUGUCUUUGAAGGAUUGAGAUGCUCUAAUACUGUUGCUUUCUAAUUAGUUUCUGUCUCCUCAAAUGCCUACCCACCUGUUAGUAGAUCAUCUAAUAAUGCAGAUAUUAUUAACACAAUUCAAAGAAUGGAUACUAGAGUAUAUAUUGAUAAUGUCUAAUUUGAUGGAUACAGAUUGGCUUAUGAUCAACACCCAUAAUGCAGUAAUAAUGCUGUCUUUAGAUAAAAUAUUUAUGCAUUGGAUGUGGUUGGUCAACAUUACUUGACUAAUACAAUAUGUUAAAAUUGUGAAUUUAAUGCAUUACUGUAUAGUUUGAGAAAUCCAAAUUAUGCUAAAUUAGGAUGGUAUGGAGGUUGUGGUCAAAUGGAAUGCAUUGGUUAAGUUAACUUCUUAAUUGAAGAUUAGACUGGUAGCUUCUUUGGUGAAAAAGGUUAGGCUAUUGGUAAUAAUUCAUAUUUCGGUCCAAGUGCAGCAUAUUGCAGUAGAUAAGAAUAAUGGAAUGGAUAUUGGUGCCCCUUAUUUAACAUUGGAGUCUUGAACUUCCUUAGCACAGCACCAGAUCAAAAUUUAAGACUAUUUUCACCAACUACUUUAAUGGGAUCAGGAUUCAAAAAUAUAUUGAAUGCAUUUGCUGAAUGGAAUUGGAAUGGACCUGAACCUUAAAACUCGAGAGAAUCCAAAUUUGUUGGAUUGAUUUAAAUAAAUACUACAAUCAAUAUGACUAAUAAGGGAGAGAAUCCAACAAAUUCAGAUUAUUGGUUAAGUAAGAGAACUAUCGCUGGACCAAAUAAUGAAUGGGUGAUCAUUGAAUUACAAUUUGAUGUUCCUAAUAUAGUGUAAGUCAGUGCCGAUGGUAAAUUAGUUUAACCUGGAUUAACAAGAGUAAUUUUAUAAUAUAAUAUUUUAGAUUAAUUAACAUAUGAAUUUAAUGGAAUACACCAAUGUUUGUGGUUCAAAUAAUUAUUUCUAUGAAAAUCGUACAAUUCAUUUUGUUGUGACAACUGGUUGCAAAGUGUCUCUUUCACUUAAAAACACCUUGAUGAUUUCUACUAGAUUGGAAAUAACUACUUAAGAAUUCUUUGGAGAUAAAUUCUUAUAAUAUGCAUUUGCCCUUCUUGGAGGUGAUCCAUAUAAUUACUUUAUUGUUGGAACUUACAAAUCAAAGAACAGAAGAUUUUUAUCUAACUUUGUUGAUGUUCAAUGGGCUAUUAUUGAUAAUGCUGAUAUAGGCACAGUUGAAGCUCAAAGUUCUCAAUCAAAUCUUGAAUAAAUUGCUGCUAAUCUCCAAUCGUUUAACCCUGUUGAAUUAGGAACAGUCAUCAGCAACACUGCAGAAAUAUAAACUAUUAGCUCUUUGAAUUUCACUUCAACUGAGCAACCUGAUCCUUCUGCCAAUAACUCUGGUUCACCCUCUGGUUCUGAUGAUCCUUAUUAUGGAAAUGAACCAGUGAACUAAGGAGAUGAAGAAUACAUAGAUCCGACUCUCAAUGAUGAUCUCCUUCAACAAAAUGAUUAUGUUGGCAAUUCUAAUGAUGAUUCAAGUGAAGAAAAUGUCUUCUAAAACCAAACUAAAAAAGGACUCAAAUAACCUUAAGACAAUUCAAACGACAAUAUUUUAUUGAUUUCAGUUGUUUGCGCAGUGGGAGGUGUAGUUUUGAUUUCAUUAAUCAUAUCUGGUGCUUUAUGGAACAGAAGAUAGAAUGUACUUAAAACCAGAGUUCACUAAUAAAGUAACCCAGAUAUUCUGUCAAAACCAGAGUAAAUAGAUGAUGACAUUGUGCAAUACAAUAUCUGAA